AUGAAAUUUUUGUACUUGUACUGCCUGCUGCAACUGUUGUUCCUUUUCCAUUCUUGUUCAUUUCCCUUGUGCACUGACUUGAGAGCAGCUUUUAAAAUAAAUGGGAGCUUGGAAUUCUGCAAUUACAGUGGAAAAGCGUGUUGCAGUGCCUCACAAGAUGGGCAGCUGCAGAAGCGUUUUGAGGCUAUGAACAUAUCUGAUCCUUCUUGUGCUUCUGCUGUCAAAUCUAUCCUCUGUGCGACACCAUCCCUAACACUCGCCCACUCCCAACACUCUGCAACUCCNCCCACCCCACCACCCACCGGCCUCUGCCUCGAGAAAAUCGGCAACGGCUCAUACAUCAACAUGGCCCCACAUCCCGACGGUUCAAGUCGAGCCUUCUUCUCGAAUCUGGCGGGAAAAGUCUGGCUGGCGAGUAUUCCGGAGCAGGACUCGGGUGAAGUGAUGGGCCUCGAUGAGUCGAGCCCGUUUGUGGACCUCACGGACCAGGUUUACUUGGACACGAACUUUGGGAUGAUGGGCCUUGCGUUUCAUCCCGAUUUUGCAGUGAACGGGCGUUUUUUCGCGUCGUAUAAUUGCGAUAGGGAGAAGUCGCCUGCGUGUGGGGGAAGGUGCACGUGUAACUCGGAUGUGAACUGUGAUCCUUCGACUAUACAAGUUCCUGGUGCUGGUGAGGUCUGCAGGUAUCAGUCGGUUAUAGCUGAGUACAGUGCUAAUGGGACUGGGUCGAGCCCGUCCGAGGCAAAGACUGCAAGACCACAAGAAGUAAGAAGAAUUAUCACAUUGGGUCUGCCCUUCACAUCAGAUCACGGUGGCCAAAUUCUUUUCAGCCCAGCUGAUGGAUACCUCUACUUUAUGAUGGGAGAUGGAGGGAGCAAAGGCGACCCCUAUAAUUUCGCCCAGAACAAAAAGUCCCUACUCGGAAAAAUAAUGCGGCUUGAUGUUGACAAUAUACCAAGUGAGGAGGAACUAGUCAAGCUUGGUCGAUGGGGAAAUUAUUCAGUGCCUCGUGAUAACCCUUUUUCGGAAGAUAAAGAGAUGCAGCCGGAAAUCUGGGCUUACGGUCUGAGAAACCCUUGGCGUUGCAGCUUUGAUUCGGAAAGGCCUUCCUACUUCAUGUGUGCUGAUGUUGGACAGGAUCAAUACGAAGAAGUCGAUAUAAUCUCCAAGGGAGGGAACUAUGGGUGGCGCGUUUAUGAAGGCCCUCUGACUUUUAAUCCUCAAAGUAGUCCAGGUGGCAACACGUCUGCAGAUUCCAUCGACACGAUUUUCCCAGUGUUGGGAUACAGCCACUCCAAAAUAAACAAACUAGGGUCUGCGGCAAUAUCUGGCGGAUACUUCUAUCGUUCGCAGGCUGAUCCAUGCACGUAUGGAAGCUAUCUGUACGCGGACCUGUAUGCAAGCCAUAUCUGGGCAGCUCAAGAAACCCCAGGAAACAGCGGAAACUUCACGGCCAAAGAUGUCUCCUUCAGCUGUGCCUCGGAUUCUCCCAUCAAAUGUGACACAGUCCCCAACAGCAGGCUUCCCGCAUUACAGUACAUAUUCUCCUUUGGAGAGGACAAUAGAAAGGACGUUUUUAUCCUCACACAGAGUGGCGUGUACAGAGUCGUUCGUCCCAGCAGAUGCAACUACGCAUGCUCCAAGGAAGUCAAGGCUUCCGUAAGUUCUCCCAGGGCUGCACCUUCUCGUGGCCAAUGUUUACAUCCGCAGCCACCAGUGGUGGGUUUUGUUUUUGUAUGCAUACUACUGCUUUUUCUGGGAGUUUUGUAG